AUGUUCCUCCAUAUCCUCCAGCUCCCUCUUCUACCCCUCUUCUUUGCCUCAGCUUCUUCUUCGUCUUUACCUUUUCUCUCUCUCUCCUGUCUUGAACAAUACUCUCUGACUGAGAAUACCUGCUCUCUGCCCGUCAUGUCUGUUGGAACCUACUCUCUCCCGGCGCUGCCGUACGCCUACGAUGCCCUUGAGCCUAGCAUCUCGGCCCAGAUCAUGGAGCUCCACCACAGCAAGCACCACCAGGCAUACGUCAACAACCUCAAUGCCGCCCUCAAGACAUACGCCUCGGCCACAUCGUCCAACGAUAUUGCCGGCCAGAUCGCCCUCCAGUCAGCUAUCAAGUUCAACGGAGGCGGCCACAUCAACCACUCUCUCUUCUGGGAGAACCUGAGCCCCUCCAGCUCCCCAGACUCCAAGCCCGACAGCGCCCCUACCCUUGUCGCCGAGAUCUCCAAGACCUGGGGCAGCCUCGAGGCUUUCCAGGAGACCUUCAAGAAGACUCUGCUGGGUCUGCAGGGAAGUGGCUGGGGAUGGUUGGUCAAGGACACCCAGGGCCUGCGCAUCGUCACCACAAAGGACCAGGAUCCCGUCGUCGGGGGUGAGGUGCCCAUCUUUGGCGUUGACAUGUGGGAGCAUGCCUACUACCUGCAGUACCUCAACGGCAAGGCUGCCUACGUCGACAACAUCUGGAACGUCAUUAACUGGAAGACAUCUGAGGCGCGGUUUGCCGGUACCCGGGAGGAUGCUUUCAAGGUUCUGCGGGCUUCCAUUUGA